AGUUUCCUUUUUCUUAUUUCAUACCCUUUUAGUUCCGGUCCGACCCUGCACAAGGCUGAAGCAAUAUUCGUCAACCCCCUGCGGACGACGAGAAAGUCUCGAAUCAUCGUAUCAACAAAGGGUUUUAAUGUUUCCAGGUACUCGUUCCUCAAUUUUAACUUAAUUGUAGGCACAAAAAAAAUGAUAGGAAAAUGAUGUUAAUUUAGCCCAACAGUUUUCGUUCAAUGUGAAUUGGGGUGGUUGGGAUAGGAAUUUAGGAACUUUUAGGUUAGGACUUUUUGAUUCUUUUUUUUCUAAUUAGGGUUUAGGAUAACAAAUAUGAAAGGCCGGACGCAUCGGGCUGAACCCCAUGACGACUGGGGAGACGGUUCAUGGACCGUGGACUGCAUCUGCGGUGUCAAUUUUGACGAUGGUGAAGAGAUGGUGAAGUGCGAUGAGUGCGGCGUUUGGGUGCACACACGCUGCUCGCGUUACACCAAGGGGGAAGAGCUGUUUGCCUGUGAUAAGUGCAAGAACAAAAGCAACCGUAACUACAGUGAGGAGACGGAGGUGGCGCAGUUGUUGGUUGAACUGCCGACGAAAACAGUUAGGAUAGAGAGUAGUUCUACACGGCGGCCCUUUAGGCUUUGGACUGAUAUCCCCAUGGAAGAGCGUGUUCAUGUUCAAGGGGUUCCGGGAGGGGAACCUGGUUUAUUUAGAGGACUGUCUGGGGUUUUUACGCCGCAGUUGUGGAAGUGCUCUGGGUAUGUGCCUAAGAAGUUUAAUUUCCAGUAUAGGGAAUUCCCAUGUUGGGAUGAGAAAAAGGAAGAUAACAAAACUGGUAGGCUAAAUGAGAUUGAGAGUGGGAAUCUGGCUGAUAAUGGUGCUGGUGUUCUUUUUUCGUUGUCCAAGGAGAGGGUUUUUUCUGCUCCAAUGUAUUCCAAGAAGGAUGCUUUAAAUGAAGGGAAGAAGAGUGAGCAUGAAGACGUUGAUGGAAAACGUUGGCAGAAUGGAGUAAAGACAGAUAGGGGUGUUCUUCAGCCUGUUAUGGUAGCCUCCGGUGAGCAGCAGAAAGAUGAGAAUGGGUUGUCCAAAGAUAGGAGUACAACGAAGAAGGUUAGAAGUUCUGCUGAGAAAGAGGCGUGCGAGAAGAAGAGAGCUGAACAGCCCCAUACAACAGUGUUUAGACCCAGCUGUGAUGCAAAACAAUUGGAAUAUUAUGAAGACAGAGUUCUGAAGCCUUGCACAACUGAUGUUCAGAGUGGAAAGAACAAAAAUUUUAAGGACAGUGUGCUUCAAGAACCAAAAUCCGAUGGUAAUCUUGCACUAAACCGUGCGGUUGAAAGGCCUAAGAACAACGCAUCAGGAAGGGAGCAUGCUUCAGAGGUCUCAUCUUCUGUUUUGUCUGGACACAAUUCAAUUAGAGAAAACGGUAAGGAGAAGGCUGAUGAUCAAUUCCCCCCAGCUAUGACAGGCACUGCAAAAACAGAAGAUCUUGUUCAAUUGCCAUUAGUGCACAAAUAUACUGGGAUAACUCCUGCUAAAGAAGAGGGUGAUAGCAUGGCAAUUAACAAAGUAGAUGGAAGUCCUCAGGAACAUCAGGUUGAUGUUUUGGCCAGUACUGCCCUGAGAGUUCUGGGUAAUUAUAUUAUUGAAGAUUCUAACAGAGGCAUGUCUCACAGCUUUGAUAAACCUGUGAUUGAGGCGAAAAGAAAAAUGAACGAUGGUGAUUCUAAUGUUUUCUUAAUUGAUAAGCGUUCUAAUCCUGAUGAUACUAAAGAUACUAAGAUAUCUUUCCAUCAGAUACCAGAAACAGAAACACCCCAGAUGAAUGACAGGGCUGGAGGCGAUUCACAUUCGUCUCACAGUAAGGCGAAGGUCUAUGAGUCGGAAAUUGUUGCUGAUUGUCAUUCUGAUAAAGCAAAUGAGUUGUCUGGCGAUUGUUCGUUGCUAAAACAUGAUUUGGAGGGUUCUGAAGUUUCUGAGUCUGUGAAGAAAAGUUCAUCAGAAUCCAACCAUAGUCCUAGAUCUGCUGAAGAGCCUAAAGCAAGUAUAAACGUUCUAAUCCCCAUAUCAUCUAUUCCCGAUGACACUAAACCUAUAGAUACUCAGAAUAAUACAAAGCAAUUAGUAAUGACUGACAAUAACAUCAGUAAGAAAGAUCAUGGUACAAAUGAUGUGCCUAGGAAUGAAGACAGACUUGAGUUAUCACAUAAGGCAGCAAAAGAGCGUACAAAAUCCUCUUCUGGUUCUACUUCGAAAGUCUCACACCACCAAAGCAGGAUUUCAAAUACUUCCAUUUUGAAAAGAACCAUAUCUGAAUCUAAAGAUUCUGCGCCUUCCUCAUCUUUAAAGGCAUCUUUUGUACAGAAUUCCUCAGUUACCUCAGCAACUGGUGAGUCUAUUGGUUCACUGCAAAGUCAGUCUGCCACGUACAUUCAACAAAAUAAGACAUCAGCUUCUGGUUUACCACAGAAAGGUGAAAAGUCCAGCCAGUCAAGUACCCAGAUAGCAUCUAAGGUUACUCAUGCAUCGUCAGUACAUCCUCUUGCAACAUCAAAUUCCUCUACUCUGAGUGAUGAAGAGCUUGCUUUGCUUUUGCAUCAAGAACUUAAUAGUUCUCCGAGAGUCCCUCGUGUUCCACGUGUGCGGCAGACUGGUAGUUUUCCUCAGCUGGCAUCUGCAACUGCAAAAAGCAUGCUAAUGAAACGUGCAUCUAGCUCAGGCGGAAAGGAUUGCAGUUUGGUCCCUAGAAGAAAAAACAAGGAUGCAUCUAAAGAUGGGUUCCGUGGAUCUCGUGAGCUCGAUCAUGAUGCUAAAAGGACUGAUAAAGUGCGAUCUUCACAUGAUCAGAGACAAGAUAUUGGUUCUUCCAUGGAUGUUUCUGCUAAAAGGAAUGACAAGAAUGUACAUCCCACACCCGCCACAACCUCAAACAGUGGUCCUUCUUCUUCAACUGAAGCUAAUGAACAAAAUUUGCCAUUUGUACGUAGUUCACCCAGAAAUUUCUCUGAUGAUGAUGCAGGCACAGGUCGUGGUUCUGUACCUCGUACUUUACCUGGCUUGAUAAAUGACAUUAUGAGCAAGGGCAGGCGAAUGACAUAUGGAGAACUUUGUAAUGCAGUCCUGCCGCACUGGCCUAACUUGAGGAAGCAUAAUGGAGAACGAUAUGCAUAUUCUAGUCAUUCUCAAGCCGUCCUUGAUUGCCUAAGAAAUCGACAAGAAUGGGCUCAGUUAGUUGAUCGUGGUCCUAAGACUAAUUCAAGUAAGAAAAAACGCAAGGCUGAUGCUGAAGAUUCAGACGAUAACGAAUUCAGCAAAGGAAGAAGUACGAAAGAGUUAGAAAGCAAAUGCCUCGAGUCUCAGAAAGAAGAUUUUCCCAAGGGCAAAAGGAAAGCCAGGAAACGCAGGCGGCUGGCUUUGCAAGGAAGAGGAAUAAAAGAUGUCCAAAGGAGAAGGAAAGUAGAUUUCAGUGAUGAUGAUGAUGGUCCCUUCUCUAAUUCAAGCGAGGAGAGCAUGUUUAGCGAGGAUGAUAUCCAAGGAAGGGGAGCUUGCCCGGUGGGAAGCGAGGCCACGACAAGUUCGGAUGAAACAGGGUCCAUGUAACUUCAACCAAAUAGAGUUAUGAUUUUCAGCUGAUUUCCGGAGAUGAUGAAGUGGCCUGGAGUUUUAACAUUACGACAAUGCUCUUCUGUUUCUCUUCUCCCAUCUGCCGAUCCCUUUAGAUGAUUCCUUGCAUUGUAUUUUCAUGCAAUGAUCGCAUUUUGUGUGGCAAUGGGUUCAUGCCAGAUCAACGAUUCACUAUGGCUUUCAAUAUUUGCUAGCCAGCCCGAUGCUUUUCCGGCUGACUUACCGGUUGUAAUUGUAACUGUCUGUUGGUCUGUAUGAUUGAAAUGUAACGCUAGUACUAGUACUGUACAUGGACGGAUGUUUUUGGUAGUAUAGCGUGUGGCUGCCACAAGUUUUACGGUU